AUGACGACAUCGGCCAUGGACAAUGGAAAUGAAAUGGAAAAACGGAUAAAAGGUUUACGAAAUAAAGUCAGAACUUGGAAACUAGGUGUGUGGAAUACAAGGAGUAUGAACGGCAAGGAGAAUGAACUAGUGCAGGAAUUCGAAAAAGCGCAGCUGGAUAUCUUGGUCAUAUCUGAAACGAAAAAGAAGGGACGAGCUGUGGGAUACUACUUCAAGUGCUCAUACGAUGAAUCUCUUUCGUUCUACAACAGCUACCGCGGUGGAGACUGUAUGCGAUGGUUUGCUGACGAGAUGAAUAAGCUUGCGGAAGAUGUCUCUACGGUGUUUCUUUGCCCCUACAAGAUGCAUAUGACACCACAGCAGGAACUUGAAUUUCAAGCAGCAACGCACUGCCAUAUUUGUGAACAGUCAUUUAAAUCUGGUCAAAAGAAAGUUCGAGAUCACAAUCACCUUAUCCCGGAGAACAACUUCCGCGGAGCGGCAUGUGAGGGAUGCAACGUCAACUACCAGGACACUCAUACAAUUCCGGUGGUGUUCCACAACUUGAGUGGAUAUGAUGCUCACUUUGUUGUAACAGAUAUUGCCACUAGAAUGGACGGCAAGAUCGACUUGCUCCCUAUAACCAAGGAGAAAUAUAUUUCUUUUACCAAACACAUCAACGAGUCACGCAUAUGCUUUAGAUUUAUAGACAGCUUCCGGUUUAUGGCAUCAUCGUUAGAUAAAUUAUCAUCAGCUCUAACGAACUUUCCUAAUCUAAAGUCACAAUUCUCUACACUACCUGAAGAUCAAUUUAAUAUUUUAACUAAAAAGGGUAUUAUGCCGUAUGAUUACUUCGACUCGUUCGACCGUUUCGAUGAGCUGUGUCUGCCUCCUCAAGAUGCGUUUUACAAUAAAUUGGAAGAUAAGCCCUGUCCCAGAAGAAUGUAUCGUAGAGCUCAGGAGGUGUGGAGCAGAUUUAACUGCAGCAACUUGGGUCAAUAUGUUGACUUGUACAUGAAGACUGAUAUUCUACUCCUUGCAGAUGUCUUUGAACAGUUUAGAUCAAGCUGUAUUAGCACUUAUGAUUUAGAUCCGGCCCACUAUUUUACACUACCAGGCUUUACUUGGGAUGCCAUGUUGAAAUACACGCAACAAGAGCUGGAACUCCUUACCGAUCAGGAUAUGUUUCUCUUUGUCGAACGGGGUAUUCGUGGAGGGCUAAGUCAAGUCUGCUGUAAAAGAAGAGCUCAUGCAAACAACAAAUAUAUGCUCAAAUAUGAUUCAACGAAACCGGAUGUCUAUCUAAUGUACAACGACAUCAAUAACCAGUAUGGAUGGAGUAUGAGUCAAUAUCUUCCAUAUGGAGGCUUUGAAUGGGUAGACUCCAACAUCGAUAUCGCUACGAUUCCGGAUGAUGCAGACGAAGGUUAUAUUUUAGAAGUUGAUUUAACAUACCCAAAGGAUUUACAUCAAGGACACGCUGCUUUACCGUACUGUCCUAUACAUAUUAACCCGAAAACUUUAAAGCCACCUAUUACUACUAAAGAUCCUCCUUCAAAACUCAUGGCGACUUUGGACAAUAAAGAAAAAUUAAUACGUCAUCCACUAUCGCGCCUUAAAACAAGCAUUAGAGCAUGGUCCCCUUGGCUAAAGUCCUACAUUGACCUUAAUACAGAACUAAGAAAAAAAGCCAAGAAUGAAUUUGAGAAGAACUUGUUUAAGUUGAUGAAUAACGCGGUCUUUGGGAAGACUAUGGAAAAUGUCAGAAAACGGGUUAAUAUCAAAUUACUAUCCCAAUGGAAAGGACGUUACGGCGCAGAAUCAUACAUUGCGAAACCGGAAUUUAAAUCUUGCGCCAUUUUUAACGAAAACUUGGUAGCUGUAGAAUUGAAUAAGCUUGAAGUCUAUUUAAAUAAGCCUAUAUACGUAGGUCAAGCCAUUCUUGAUCUAGCCAAGACGACCAUCUACAGCUUCCAUUAUGACUACAUGAUGGAUAGAUUUGGAGAUAACUGCACUGUUCUUUACACAGAUACGGACAGCUUAAUUUAUGAAAUUCGUGAACAAAACCCUUAUAUGGCUAUAAAAAGCGACUGUUUUAAAUAUUACGAUACUAGCGAUUGUGACCCCAAUAAUCCAUAUGGCAUAUCCCUUGUAAAUAAGAAAGUGUUGGGCAUGAUGAAAGAUGAAAAUAAUGGACAGAUAAUGACUGAUUAUGUAGGAUUGCGAUCGAAACUGUACACCGCCAAAGUUUUAACCUCCAAGGAUGAUUUGAUAAAAUUACGACAGAAAUUGCAAGCGGAAGAGUAUGAAGAAGAUGAGAUCGAUACGAUUAUUAAAAAUUUCGGUUUGAUGAAGAAGGCAAAGGGGAUAAAGAAAAGUGUAGUGGAGACUAAAAUUACUUUUGACGAUUAUGUGGAGUGUCUGGAGACCUAUAAGCGCAAAACUACAUCUCAAAAUUUGAUUCGUACGGAUAAACAUCAUGUAUAUUCGAUAACGCAGUCGAAAAUUGCUCUAAGCCCCGAAGACGAUAAGAGAUACUUGGUUCCUGACUCAUUUGAUACUCUUCCGUGGGGCCAUUAUGCUAUCAAUAAGCCUCAAGAUGUUGUUGAUGAGCCGAUGGAAGUUGAUUAA